AUGGCGCCUUACAUUUACGGCGGGUUGCUUAAGGUCACUGGGUUUAGACAUUGUAUGGUUGUGGACUGUCUAAGUGUCAGCAACACUUGAUUUUAUCCUGCUAAUUAGAAUGCCGGACAGCAAUGUUGGUAAUGGGGUCGUGUUGUCAGAUAAACCAGACAAGUUUAUUGACAAAAUCGAUCCUGAGGAUCCAGAGUAUCAGAAAAGUUUAAUGCGCCCUGCUUGCAUAAAAGAAGAUGUAAAUUUGAUGAUUCAACGUCAGCGCGUGUCCGGCAUAUUGAAGUCGGAUGCUUUCCGACGAGAACUGGAGGAGGUUAUUCGUUCUCAGUGUCAAUCUGGUGACUAUCCUGGUAUGAGCACUAGUCUUCUGUCUCUUCAACACAUAUCAGAUUUAUUCAAUUCUGCCCCUUCUGGAAAACCUCUUGGUGGGGGUGGGUUUUCAAGAGGGCAUCGUAAUGGUGUUAUUCCGAUAAAUGACUUGCGUGGUGGUGACGCGACUGUUUAUUCUCGACGUGAACGUUCUCUCCGUUGCAAACUGGCAUCGGUAUAUCGCUUAAUAGAUCUUUUCGGAUGGAAUUCGAGUAUAUACAAUCAUGUGACUGUCUGUGUUAGUCGCAAUCAUGAACAUUAUUUGGUUAAUCCUUUCGGAUUGCUUUAUCAUGAAAUUACUGCUUCGUCUCUCAUCAAGGUCGAUUCCAAAGGCCAGAUACUUGAUCCAGGAUCUACCAUUUUAGGUGUAAAUCAAAUAACCUGGGCCUUACAUUCAGCUGUUCAUUCAGCUCGGGCUGAUAUCCGAUGCAUUAUACACUUGGAUACCCCUUCUACUGUUGCAAUAUCUUGUAUGAAAUCGGGUUUGUUGCCUCUUUGUAAUGAAGCAAUGAUUUUGGGCGAAGUGGCUUAUUAUACUCCUAGCGGUGGAUUAAGCUGUAGAACCAACGCUGACGCUAACGGAGAUUUUGGUGAUAUUAAAGAUUGGGCAGCUGAAUGUGCAACAGUCAGUGAAGCUUUAGGUCCAACUGCUCGUAUACUCUUUCUACGAAGUCUUGGAUUACUUGCCUUAGGUGAAACGAUCGAGGAGGCAUGGCAUUAUGCAACUAAUGCAAUAGUUGCAUGUGAUACUCAGCUCUUAUUGGCCUCAGUCAGUGCCGAAAAUCUCAUUCUCCCUACAGAAAAACUAAAGCAAAAAACUUAUGAAACAUGGCGUACAGCUGGAUUAGGCGGUCUUAGUGGUCCUGAAGCUGCACUAGCUAUGCGACUAUCUUCGCCUAAUAAAUCUGGUACUAGUGAAGCAGGACAACAUUCAGUUACAAAUGGUUUCAUCUCAGAUGGUUCGAAUGUGGAAAGUAAUUCGGCCAGACCAUGGCGCUUAGGUGAACUUGAAUUUGAAGCUAUGAUGCGUCAUUUAGAUAACGCUGGGUGUCGUACAGGCCAUCUUUAUCGGCAGGAGGCUAUGGCGAGCCCACAUCGAUCACGAAAAAGUAAGGUCGUGAAUGGAUACGGUGGGGCUGGUUGUCAGGACGACGAUAUACAAGUUCCACCAUCUGCUUCGUCUGUAACUGCUACAAUGGCUUAUUAUUAUGAUGACGGAGUUCUUUCGGGCGAUGAAACGGAAACACCUAGGCCAUCAACUCUUAGGCGCGAGUUUUCGGAGAAGCAAUGGUUUAACACACCAAACAAAUACACCAAAGAAGUAAUUGAACCUGCUCCAGGUCAUCAACCAGUUCCGCAUUGGGUUUGUGAACGUGAAGCAGCUGUUCAUAAUGCUGUUUGUAAUGGUGCCCUACCUCCUCCGGCACCAUUUCAUCCUUUAACUCAUGGAGCAGUACCACUUGGUUCAACUGGUGGACCGGCAACAGGGACUUCGUCAGUCAUGUCACCCUACAAUGUAUUUGCUCCUCAAGGUUCUAAUCCAAAAGAAUAUCGCGAGCAGCAAAAGAAAGUCAAAGCGAAGUAUUACCAUGAUACAAAUACUGCUGGACCUCAAUCUCGACUGUUGGAUGGUCUCACAUGGGAUGAAGCUCGACGAGUUCGUGACGAAGGUUUAGUCAAAGUAUUGGGUCCAAGAGCGGCCGCUUUAGUGGCAGGUGGUGUUGCUAACGAAAUGCCUGUAGCUGCAGCUAGUAAAGCAAUUAUCCAACGUGAUAUACGAAACGCAGCAGUGAUAUAUGAUGGUCUUUAUUCUCAUCAAAAUCCAUUCGAAAAAAUUACCGAUGAAGAAUUAGAGAUGUAUCGACGUGAAAUUGAACUUAAAAAUAAUCCUGAUUUAGUUGCCGAGAUGGAUCAUCAUCUUACUGGACAGAAUGCAUCUUUCGAAGCUCCUAGUUCUACUACACAUCUCAUAGAUUCGUUAGCCGUUGAUAGCGGUGCUACGGAUCUGGAAAGUGCCAGCGAACUUGGUCCAAGUCGCUUAGCACCACCACCUACUUCAGGGACACUGACAUCGGAACCGAGUGGAACUGAAGAUAUGAGUGAAAGUGAUGGUAAACAUAAAAAGAAAAAACGACGUUUCAAACUUCCUUCAUUCUCUUUAAAACCUAAAGACAAAUCAAAGAGUAAAUGAUAAGCUAUCUCGUUUGAGUAUGAAUAACUACCAGCUAAUUUGCAUUACGCUUCACAAUUUCGCAUCACAUCGUCGCUAACCCUACAAGAUAUAGAUAAAUAAAUAUAACUAGUAAUUUCGCCUACAUUCUGCACACACAUUUGAGAAAUCAUUCCUCUAUUAUUAAAUGUUUCUAAAAACUUAACAGAACAUCUUUAAAGUGAUGCGAUGUGUGGCUGUGCCUUAAAUUUCCACAUGAUUAUGCAAAUUCCUUAACCGUAAGGGGAUGAUAACUUGGCGACUAUUUUGGUUUUAAAAGAUGUGUGUAAUAACUAUUGUUGACUUGUAGCUACUAGAACAUAAUAAUUGGGUUCAUUUAAUUUAUUAUGAUUAUCUUUUUCCGAUUGUGUUUCUCCUUUUUUCCUUCACAUCUUUCCUUCAUAUGGACGUUUCACGAGGUAGUAGAAUAGAGGAUGAAAAGCCGUCCUGUUGUAUUGGAUCUUUUUUUUGAGUUUGCUUGUUCGUUGAUAUUGUUAUUAUUCCCGCUAAUUAAUAUGCUUUGCUUUCCCUUGGAAAAAUGACACAUUUUGUUUAGGAUAUUUGAUUUUGCGAGUAAUGUAUCACUAGAUCACUUACCUUUCCCCCUGCUGUUCUGAUUUAAUCCCACUCCCAGCUUACUAUAAUUCUAACAAUUUUUAAAAUCAUAUGUAAAGUAUUAUUCUCUUAAUUUUUGACUAUAUUUAAUGUUGUCACCAUCCACAUUCUAUUUCUCAUAUUUUCUUAAUUCCUGCACUGUACUACUCCGUCCAUAUUUUCAUAUACAUAUAUCUGUCAACGAGCCGGUAAUUACAGUUACCUGUUUUUUCAGUUAAUAUGAAUCAAACGAAAAGCCUAGAUUUUUUUGUAGCAUUUGGGGACUCAAUUUUUCAUUUCCCUAAAAAUCGACUUAUAUGCUUCUUACUAUCCAUGAAUGUCUGUUGCCUUUAUUCAAUAUUGUUGUUUUCCGCAUUAUUUUGUUUUACCUGUAUAGUUGUUAACAUUGUCAAGUUCACGUGUUUUUCCCCUUGCUACUUAGUUCGAUACACAUAAUUUUAUGCUUUUUAAGUAAAUGUUCCAUUUAAUAAAUUAUAUUACAUAAAUAAGCAUUUGAAUAAACAUCCCUUUCUUAUUUGUGCUUAUGCUUAACCUGAAACCCUGAUUUUCACUUCUUUAUUUUUCGUUUUAAUUUUACGCCAAAUUAUUUCUUCUGUAUUGUUUUUUUUUGUGGUUCUUUAAACGUGAGACCCUGAAAUUGUCCCACUAAUAUAUAUAUAUUUGAUGAGUACUAAAGUUUUCUGCUUUUUUACCAUCUUCCUAAAUAUUGUUCAGUAGUAGGCGUUGUUGACUUUCAUUACUUAUGUUGGAUUUUUUCUCCCACAGCUUCCUUGUCAGUCACUUGAUAACUACAAGUUGUAGUGAAUAAUAUUUCGUUAAUGUAAAUUAAUUUUUAGUAAUAUUCAUUCCUAUUUGCUGUAGCAUUCUCCACGAAACCCUCGUUUCAUUAUAGUUUUCUUUUUAACACGAAGCUCAUGAAUAAGUAUCAACCUUUACUUCUAUUAACAGUUUUUGGAAAUUCCUGCUUAUUUUGCACACUUGUUUAUAAGUAUGAAGGUGGAGAGGAACUUGGUUAAUUCCAAGGUUCUACACUUAUUCUGUCAUGCAGCUAUUAUUUAUCGUUCACGUUGAGAUAUUUUGUUGAGUACUCAGAUUGUUGUAACAACUAACAGAAAAUCGGACUUCUGGUUUUAGUACACAGACUUCUUUAAAUCCGUUAUUCACAAUUUAGACUGAGUUUAAAAUUUGCUUGGAGAGAUUUAUUGUUAAGCAAAUGAAAUCUACCCAAGUAAACAAAAUGUGCACGAUCACAAAUAUAUACUUGAUUUCCGAAAUGAUAUUAAUUACAGCAAUUGUGAUAACAGAAUCCUGCUAAACAUAGUAACAGUGAGGUAGAAUAAACAAAGGUAUAGAAACGUUAUUUUUAUUAGGGAGCUAAUUAUAAUUUUGCUGUUGAAGUGUUGAAUAUUCGUCAUGAAGAUAGAUACGAAAAAUAUAAUUAGUAAGGAAGGCUCAGCGUGUUAAGAUGAAAUAUUGUUACCAUGUUUAGCAGGAUUUUAUUAUAACAUUGUAAUUAUUAUCAUUCGUAAAUACUUGAGUUUAUCCUCUGAGAGUGCAUAACAGUUUCUAUCCUUGGUUGUAGUAAGUAAAUUCCAAGCCUUUGUAGAUGUUUUUAGAAACUCGACCAUCUAUAUUUUACUUAAAAGACUCGUCUGUGCGAUGAUCAAUAUGUGCAUUUUCACCUUCUCACUGAGAUUAUUUAUUUGGUUAUUUUCUGUAUGAUCAAGCUGGUAUUUAUUAAAAACGAUAAGUAGUACAUUUUGAAUUUGCUUGUUUAUGAAUAAUAAAGAUUAUUAUUCAUAUGACGUUUUUUUAGUCUAAAGAAUUUAGUGAUACGAUUUCACAAGCUUAUGUAAAUGCUAUUGGGUUAUAUAACGCGUUUUAUGUUCUGACGUUGGCUUAUAAUGAUUUCUAACUUUCAUCCAUGUAACUCAUUCAAUAGAUGAUGUCGUAUGAUAUAGCUAGAAAUCAAUCUCAUUUUCUGUUUCUUGCUUUUUCCUCACAUGGAGAUCUGAAUAUAUUUUAUGAUUGUUUACUACAUAUCAAUUAUUGCAUUUUCAUUGGUUUAUUCGGUGUUCUGUGUUUGAAUUUCUCAUUUUUUUUAAAGUCAUUAAUUUCAGCCUACUGAUCUUAUCAAGGUUUUUUAAAAAUUCGAUUACUGAUGAAUUUAAAACUUUUCUCAAUAGCUACAUUAUUAAGAGAGGAAGGUAAUGUUUUACAACUGGCAUGUUCACUUAGACACCUCAAAUUGAGGUCAUUAGAUUUACUUGAUAAAAACAUUGUCAUAACAAUGCGCUGCAAAAUGUUAUUAUGUUCUAUAUAUUUGUACACUCUAAACAUAUACAAUACAUGUUUGUUAGGGUACAAGUUGUAUCGUCUAUUAUUUUUAAAUUAUUAUCAAGGAAAUAAAAUUCCAUUAAAAUAAGUUUUGCAACGAUCUCGAUUUAUAUAAAGAAAAGGGUCACACUUUAAUACAUUUGUAACUAAAUUCUCUCACAAAGUUGAACAAUCUAGUUAAACGUUACUGAAACCAAAAAAACAAGCCGAUGUAGGUUUUGCGUGAAUACCUACACUAAGUGAUGUAUUUUUGAAAUAAUUCUCAACAAUAAACUUGGCAAAAAAUGACUUCUAAUAAUACGCCAAAAUUCCAUCAAUUACAAUACAGGCAAUUAUCGUCGAUCAUAUUAGU